AUGUCACAGGAAAAUGUUUUUGAGCAGUCGAUCAAUAGCAAGUACAGCGACUGGACUGCGGUCUUCGACCCGACUGAAGUGGAGCCGUAUCGACUGCAUUGGGACGAGUCGAUGGUGUCGCGGAGUCGGCAAGCCUCCGGCGAACGGUCGAGUGAUUCGGAAAGCGAUAUGGACGCGGUAAGUUUGCACUCUCGAUCUCGAGAGCGCAUGCAAAUGGCACUUUUGUCGCCAUUAUAUUAACAUGGCAUUCGGUUGUGGGGGCUGUUUGCUCUUAAUGACUUUAUGUUUUGCCGUAAAGUUAUACCAAGUUUGUAUUGGUGUUUUUGGGUUGUUUAGGUUUGCGAAAAAGAUUUUUAUUCAUGAAAUGUUUAAAUAUGUUAGUUAAUCCUUGUAAAGUUAUAUGCUUUUAAAGGUAUAUUAACAGGAGUCAUUAUAUUUAUGUCAUUUCAGAAAACCGAAGAGCUAGCUACCGCAUUCAAUCGCUACUGUGAAGCAUUGGUGGCUGAUAUUCUUCAAGCCGAAGAGGGCUGGGACGCUGGCCAAGUGAGUUUAAAACUGUUUAUAUUAACAUUGCGCGACCGUCAAAAGCCGAGAAACGGGACUAAACUUUGUUUACUCAUUCACUUGGCCGCUCUAAAUUAAUAAUCUUGCGUGAGCUGAACAUGAUUGCUCUGGUUAUUAGUUGUCUUAGCUUGCGCUUCUGAAAGUCUGCUUCAACUAUUGAGUUAGGGUAGAUGAGGGUUGAUUUUAAUGAGUUUAGGGGGUGUUUUGGCUAAUUUUAAGUGGUUGUCACGUUUUUAAGAGACGUUUUGUCAAUACCUUAUCGUGUGUUGGGAGUUUAGUAUACACCACUAUUUCUUAGUCUAUAUACCAUUAUAUCUGACAACUAGCGAGCUUAUGUUGCAUUACCUUGUCUCAUGUUGCAAGCUGUUUUUUGCCAAUCUUUGAUAUAUGGCUUCUGAUUUCUCAUCCUGCCGUCUCCCAAGUCAUGUUUUUGAGACAAGGCCAACAUCGCCGCGGGAUUUAUGGCCUGCAAAAUGUUUUUUGCGACCAAAUCCCCGGCCUUGAUUAAUUCGCUGUGAUGAACUGAGAAAUCGCCGUUGUUCUUCAUCCAGAAAGACCUUGAGAAGGACCUUAUUCACCCCAUUUAGCGCCGAGUAUUGAGUUAUCAAGAUGAGAAUUGAGUCCUGAUUCUUCGCUUUUAUGCGCCAAAUGCGCGCGGUUUGGCCACAUUGGCCGGGCGAGGGGGGGGUUGCGCUUGGAAUGACCGCUCGGCUGUUGUGUAAGAUUUGUGCCGCUGCUGGCUCUUCAUUAUGUUCUGGCUAAUUUGGAGCCGUUUGAUUUGAAACAUUGAGUUAGUUGAGAGAGGAGUGGAUACAUAAGGUUAGUAUGGGGAGGGGGUUCAUAAAUGUAACUUGGCUACACUUUUUGCUACAGUAAGAUGUACCAAGACUUUUGACUGCUUCUCUACUACUUAGCGGGUCUUUUGAUACUUCGUAGUAAGAGUUGUUAUGGGUUUUAUGAGCACAGUUAUGUGAUGGAACAUAAUGUUAUGGGAUCGUUGUGAGAACACCGUUUAUACGCGAGUAAUUGAAUGCCAUUACUCUUUUAUAUUCUCAUAAAUAUAGGUAUAGUUAUAUUGAGUCAUAUAUUUGGAUACUUUGGCAUAGCUCAUACUCUACUGCAGUAGUUAGGAACAUUAUGUUAUGGCUAUUAUAUGUACAGUAGUGUGUUUUAGGGAGUGGCAUAUCAUGCAGAUAAUCUUAUACAAUGGCGUCUUCUAUCGUUCUUUUGUUACAGUGUAGUAGAUGGAAUCUUAUUUAUUAUACUAUUAUGACAUUGUAUUUACUUGUUUUUUUGUAAAGUAUACUGUACAUUGUUAUAGCCAUAAUGUACCAUUGGAUGAGUAUUUCAAAGCCAUGACUCAGAUUACCCGUUCUGUGUACUCUUACACAGAUUUACUGGUCGUUUCUGUCUUUUUGAGUCAUAUUUUCACUUUUCCGUCGCGCAUUCGAAGCCUUGAGAUGGCUAAAUGUCUCGUUUACAUAUGCAAAUUUAUGAGGCUGAAUAAACAGAGCGGGGGGGGCAUGACGAGUGUUUGGCCGGUGAUUUGUAAGAACGGAUUAGCGUUCCGUCGACCUCUAUCCUCCGCCCUUACCACAAGAUCGUAAAAUCAACAUAAACUUUGUUUACGACGUUCCUUUCAGGAGAUCGUUCUGAAUGAACUGUUGGAACGGCAGAUAAUUAUACAAGUUCACGGUAAUCAGCUGACUGAGGUGGUGGGUGACAUGGCUAACUAUGUGCAGAGCAAGCUGGCUACUAUCAACGUACACAUGGAGAGGCUGAAGCUGAAGCAGGAGCCGACUGGCAAGUUUGGUAGGUUUACUUUGAAGUAGUGUAACUUUGCUUUUGAUCAAUGUAUAAAACAUAGUCAGGCUGGAAUGACAUUUUCUUUUGAUUUUCAGUUUACAGUAAAGAUUGCUAUUACUAUUAGUAUUACUAUUUUAGUAUAUAUUGAAUUUACUUAUUUAAAACAUAUUUUUACACACUACAACUCAAAAACACGUCACAAUAUGACACACCCUUGAAAUCAAUUUUAUUCGAAAUGAUAUAAAUUCACCGGUCGAUGUCAUUUUCAGCGUUCCGUGACACUUCUGUCGCCAGCCAUUUGCGCAAAUGGCUACAGAACAGUGAAGCCACGUUGAGUCGGAUUCAGCACGAAACCUCGUUCAUGUCAAAUUCUCAGCCAGACCUGCAACGUUUGAGAGCGACCCUACAAGUAAGUUUUGAAGAAUGUCUAUAUAUUGUUUUUGGCCGUAUACAUCUGACAAUGAGUUUUGAUUUUCCGCAAUACGAUCUUGUUUUUGUGGUAAACUUUAUUAUAUUUAGAGGUUUUGUAUUGGACAAGUUAGUAAAUGUUUUUAAAGGGCGAAAAAUACGUAGGAUUUUUCUUUUUAGGUAAAUUUAGCUUUCUUAAAACAUUUUUUGAACCUAAUGAUUACAUUUUCAUUAAACCUUUUUACUUGUUCUCAACUUUUCUAAUCUCAUGAUUGUGGUCAAAUACGGAAGAAUGUUUAUCCAAUAUGCAAAUCUCUCAACGCUUGUCGCUAAUGCCGCUUAGAGACCUUGAUCUCGAGUUUACAGCUCCUUAAAGGUCUUGGUAUCUGUCGGUUCGUAUCUUCUAAUCUCUUAAAGCUAAGCGUGCGGUUAAUAUUCUAAUUAUUUCUUUUAAUUAAAGCUUACUUUUGUCAUAUUGUUGUAGUAUUAAGGUCAAAAAUUUUGUGGUGUUGCUUCAUUUAGUUGAAUAAUGUUUAUAAGCCAGUUUGAUGUUAAUGUAGGCUUAGUUUUGCUUCUUUUUGAACAGUUUGUUCAACGUCCUAUAUCCCAAAGAGUGUUUUAGUAAUAAUGUAUCCAAGUGUGUAGUAUAAUAUAUUUGUACAAAUCCUAGUCAUAAUGUGAAAUGAACCGUCAUCAUAUCACGUUUCUUACUGUAGCUUGACUGCGCAUAUCUAGGAGACGUGUAUCUUUUGUUUGGUCUUUAAGUGUUAAAGCGAACGUUGAGAUUAACUAUGAACGUUCAGAACGUUCGUUUUAUAAAUUUCUCCGCAAAUAUGAUUUUAGCCAAAGUACAGUUGGGCGGUUUUCUAAAAGUUUCUUGGGAUCGCCGCCAUCUGUCAUUUCUGACAUAUUUACUGGUGGUUUUGCAGUAAUUUUUGCUCAAUCUCUGGGCAUCUUUUGAUAUUAUAAUAUAGGAUAUUCUUGUAGAAAAUGAUAGGGGAUGCUAGUACGACAAAGGUUUGUAUAGUAUACUGUUAUUGUAGCUAAAAUGAUGUUUUUAACAUUUUGCUAUCUAAAUAAUUACUUAUUAUUCUAUAAUUUAAAAAUGCUUUAUUGGUUCAAACUUUAAACUGUAAUUAAGGCUUAAAUAACAGUAUGCAAAUUUUUUUUGUGAUAUGGUACGCUGGGUCUGAUGCCUUUCACUGAUAAGAGUGGACAGGCGUUCAUAACAGUUUUGUUGAGUCUUUAGCCCUUUGGUCGGCUGUCAGUAACCGUUCAUAAACUGCUUUAAUUGUUUUGUUUUUGCAGAAAAGUCAUAUACUUUUGCUAAUUUACGAUUCUACAAUAAUUUAUUGUACGACGACUUUUAGUUUUGUUCUUACUGUGGUAUCUUGGGAAUCAUCUUUUAGUUUACACUACUAUAAGAUUUCUUAUAGCAUACUAUAAUGUAUUUUUAAUGUUGUUUUAGACUAAAACAACUUUUUAAUAGUAUAAUAUUGCUUCUAAAACAUCUUUUUGAUUAAACGUCUCUAAAACAACAUCCUUUUGAAUAAUUUUGGGUCUUUAAAGUGUUUUGUAACUGUGGAAGCACGUUUUGUGAAUUCCCAGAUUCAUAAACAAUAAAUUUCGAUGUUUUAUCAAAAGUCGCGUUGCGAUAAUAUAUUAGUGGACAUCUGGAGCGGACGCCAUAUGAGUUGCUUCCGUGUCUCCGGAGUGCCCCAAAAUGGCGGAACUCUUUGGUCUGAUCUCAUUGUCCUCCUUUGUCACCGCCGGUUACUGUUUUUACUUUCAGACCCUCCAACUUGAGAUCGACACUGAAGGUCGCCACUUACUGCGAGCAGCCAAAAGACAUCUGACUAACAGGUAAGAUGACAUGCUUUGGAACGGCAAUGUUGUUGUUGUAUUGAGAUUGACAAGAUGGUCUUUUAUAGCUUGAUGGGUGUAGUAAAUUACUCUGAGUACCUUGUAUUUGUUUGUAGUACAGCUUAGACACUUUAAAGUUGUGUUACAGCCUUUUUGAUGACACAAUAGCUUAAAGUACCACGUGUUUUUUAUAGUCCAGUAAAUACUUUAAGAUUUUAAACUAAACUUUUAAACUUUACUGUUGGGGAUUUUGAUGCCUAAACCAUUUUGAAAACCUUCAAAUGACAUUUAAGAAUCUAACACAACCUUAAGAGCCUAAUACAUACUUCAACUUCCUUAAUAUAAUUAAUUUUACUUUUGUAGAGCUGUCGAACCCUCAGCUGACAGUCUAAAAGUUCAAAAAGUGCAAAGGAACCUCGAGUUACUGGAACAACGCUGGCUGAAGCUCUACUUAGGGGGAGUCGAGCAAACCGAGCGAAUCAACAAUCUACUACAACGCUUUGAGGUAGGUCCAACCAUCGUUCGAUAAUACUUUACUUAACUGUUUUUACCUUCAUAUAAUAUAUUUAGGCAUAUUAUAUUUUUGUUUUAUAUUAACACGUCCCAAGGUAUCUAUAACACCUUAUACUAUAACUUAACGUAAUUGAACAGUGACACACCUUGAUUACUUUAUUCUGAUUACCUUUAUUAAAAAAUGCACUUUCCUUGUUAAAAGCGGUAAAACUGUUAUUUAUACGCAGUUUCUGAAUGAAUUAGUAGAAAGCCGGCAAUCCCUUUUCGGAAUAUUCAGGUACCUUGUUUAGCGAUAUUCCGAGCCUCCCCCCCCUCUUCGUUCAUGCUGGGAAAACAAAAGUGUGGGUUUGCGCAACCCAGAAAAGCCGAUGCAAAAGUAUUCGAAUUCCACGCAAAAAUAUUUUAAUAACCUUUCGGAGAGCAGUCCCACUUUGUGUAGGUUGAGGGGAUGUAGAUUAUGGGGAUGACCUUUAAUUUGUCAUUACUGAAGGUCCAUUAGCAGCCGGCUCUAAGAGCUUAACACCCCUUAUUAGCACCCGGUUUAGACAAAUUAGCACCCCCCGCGGGGGCAGAUGACAUGCCGUGUCGCUCUGGAAACGGGCAGCUGCUCUUGAUCCGGAUCGCUCAGCUGUAAUGGCCAUAAACCCGCCUCAGGGUUAUUAUUUAUAGUUUAGGCAGAUCGUUUGAACUGCUUCCUGUGGCGAAGCGGUCUCAGCCUGUAGCAGCAGCAACAGGUGCGGUACAAAAUCUAUUUUCGCGCUUUCUAUGCAUCGGCAAUCCCAAAUUAAAGGCCGCUGCGAGUGGACUGUUGUUUUUGGGUGGCGUUUGCGCAAUUUUAUAAUAAUUUUAAAGAUUUUUUGAAUUUGAAUCCUUGGGUUGGUUAUAAACAAUAUAAAGUAUGAUCUACAAGUUUUAUACUAGCCUUGACAACUAUGUAGAAACCUUACACUAGCAGUACCAUCUAUAACAAUCCCUCCAAAACUGUUUAUUUUUCGCCUUUGUGCUAUUUACAUGUCCCUACUAUAAUAUUUAUAUUGCUAUCGAUUGGAGGCAGCCAUUAGGAAAACAAACCCGAGUUUUUUAUUGUUUGAUCAGCUCUCGGCCACGGUUAAUCUUAAAGUGACCCCAUCAAGUUGUCGAUCACCGCCCCUUUAUAUCAAAUUUCGUCCCUGUAUUGUACUCAAGGCCCUCAAUAAUUGAGUGACGCGGGGAGAGGGGGGGGGGAUCAUCCAUCUCAUGGAUAUUCUCCUAAUGGCGCCAGAGGUGUCGUCACGUCUUAUGGGAAAUGUGCGAGCUGCAAUCCCCGUUCUGGAUUGAAUUUUUUGAAAUUACUAGGGAACAUCUAAAGUUUUAAAACAACGUUUUGUAAUCAAAAAUUGUAUUUUCAUUGAAGACAUUAUUGUAGGUGGCGUUUUUAUUUUAACCUCUUUUUAACCAAUUUUGAAAUUGCCACUUCCACUGACCAUGACUCUGACCACAAUAUAUAUUACCGUUAUAGAGCGAGGAUCAGAACGGUUCGGACCUUGAAUCGGUGGGGAGUUUGGAGCCCGCCCGCAAAAGAGCCCGACCCUCAGCCAUCUCGGACGGUGAGAGUUCGGAGGAAGACGAAGACACCAUACCGUUCUCAUCAGGCGAAUACCGUCGUAUCUCCAUCAGUCAGAUGCACGAGAAGUGAGUUAUUGUAGAGUCAUAAUCACAGUAAUCUUACGUAAAGUCGGUAACAACCACCUGUAAACUGAGGUAGUCGUUACUGAGUUGUAACUACGUGUAGAAUCUUUAUUGUUUUAUGGUUUUUGCUUUACGGUGGUUUAUGACGUGAUACGACUGUGUUUAGUAACUCUGUGUCUUAAAAUAGCUGUCGUAUCGUUUUUUACUUUAGUAUUUGCAUUAUAUAUCAUUAUUGGUUACCUCUGGCGUCUUAUCAGCUCAUAAAGCGUAGUUAUGUGCAAUAUUCCACUCCUUUAUUGCUUUUCGAAUUCGAUUGUUCAGCGCUUCAAUUUGUCAUCCUGAGAAUAGAAGUUGUAUGUUUGGGAUGAUUGACAUCCCGCUACGUUCCCAUAACAUAAUGUCGUCGUUUCAGCUCUGAUCUGGACAACUCAACUGACAAAGGCUCGAACAAAAGCGAACGAGAGGAUGGCUGGUCCUCAAGCAAGACCCAGGAUGUUGGCUAUUCCAGCGGAGAGAACUCGCUGCACGAGGCCUUGAACCAGCUUGACAGGUAGGAAGGAGCUCCAUCGAUCAUUAUGAAGACAGCGCUUUUCCCAAAACUUUUGGCCAUGACCAAUUCCUUGAGUCAUCGCGGCUAAAGCAAAGUCGGGAAAGGUUGCAUAGAUUGUCCAACACGCUCGCGCUCACCUGUUUGUUUGCUCAAGCUGCAUCCCGAAAUGACCGCUCUGACAUCCGUGUCCUUAAUAUAUUUUAGCCCGGCGGCAUUGCGUUUCGUUUUUGGCUCAUAUGCUACCGAAAACAUUAACAACAACAUGAAUCAAAUUCGUUUUUAACAUGUUUGGCCUUUAUUUUUAACACGUUGAUUACUUUGCGAUAGCAUUCGAUUAACUUGCUCAUGAUAAUAUUAAUCAACAUAUGGGAAAUGAUUCCAAUUUGCCUUGUUUUAACCUCGCUUUUUCAGCUUUGACACCACCACCCAGCAAGACUGGAUGAAGAGUCAGAACCUGGUCAGCAGCUACUACAAGACCGUGCCCUUAGACGACGCCGGUGCUACUGACAAUGAAACCCCUCGUCUUCCGGCUCCAGGGAUCUCCUUGAAUCUGCCGGAAGACGAACUGACUACAUCAAUGAUCGUGAACAUGGACUCGAUCAACACAAUCGACACGUUCGACGACUACAAUGAGGUCAUGAGUAUGUUGGAGGAGAAGUACUCGGACCCCACCAAGCUCGGUACUCACUGGAAAGAACUGAAAUCCAACACUAACAGGAGGCUGUUCACCCCUUCACGCCCUCAGGUCAGACACAGUUUGGUGUCGGAUCCGGGCAGGGUAAGUUGAACUGAUAUUGGGGGAUCGGGUUACAGUCAUUUGCCAUUUUUUGACAUCCUUGCCUUGUUAUAGUAAAUGAUUUCGUAAAGGGGAAUUAACUUUGAACUAUAGUAGGUGAUAUUGUAAAACUUGACAUUUUAGAUGUCAUGCGACGCCAGUUCUGAAGAUUCAGAUGCCCAAAUCUCGACGAUUAUGAGCGAAUCCUUUAGUGGAUGGUCGGCCAAUGCCCUGAAGACAUAUACGCCACAAACUUCAUCCAUCAGAAAGCGAAGAUACCAAAGGAACAAUGCCCAGAAGCAAAGCGAAUCCCUCCACAACUCCUUCAUUACAUGUUCGAAGAUGGUAUGUCACGAAUUCUAACCUUUAUUAUCGUGUAUCAGAUGUCAUCAUGUUAUUGUAAUAUGAUUUCAUGUUCUUACUGUAUGAUAUGAUUUCAUGUUUUUACUGUAGCAUAACACAAUUUUCGAAUUUUUUACUGAACAACACACUUUUCGAUCAAAAGUAAUUUCCAAUUUCAAUAAAAUGAAAUCAAAAUUCUUUUCAGGACCAAUCCGUGUAUGACUUCGCUACACAAGACGUGAUGAGUCAGUCUCUGAAUCUCUCCAACCGAGCCUUAAACAAUCGGCGGCGUUUCCUCAAACGCCGAAUGCACAGGAGCGCUUCCGAAAACACAAACGUAUUGGAAGGUAAACAAUGUCACGGUAAUUUAAACUCGCUUGCAGCACAAAAGGCUACAGUACAGCGACGGGACUCGUUGAACAGCAACUCAUCGUGCACAACGUUCCACGAUUCUGGAGAUGCUCACUUCGAGUGGGACGACUACAAAGUGGGUUCGACUUUUGUUAUAUUGUGAUAGUAUUUUUAUAGUUUUUUUACAUUUGUUAUGUUUUAUGUUGUCUAAUGUUCUUUGAUGUUAUAGUUUUAUAGUUUUACACAAUUUGAUCCUCUGAACUAAAGAUUUAACUAAAUUUUGGUUUGUGAUAAUGGUCUGAUUACUAAACCAUAAUAUUUGACUAUCUAUAAUCAUAUUCUUAACCAUUAGAACAAAAAUGUGGUCUCGCCAUUAAAAUCGAACGCACAAUGCGGUCUAUAUUAAUAUAUCGCAUUAAUUAGCCAAUAUUAACGUAGAUCCAUGCAUUAAUUCAUACGAAUCAUACGUUGGACAGACAGCUGAAGUCGUUUUUAUUAAAAAAAACCCACUAAAACGACUUUCCUCUUUGCUAUAGUUUAGAAUCGAGGGCUUUAGCGUGCUGAUUGUAGAUCAAUAUUAUGUAUAAUAUAAUUAUUUAUAACCAAUCCACCAGACACCGAACCAUAUUAGCAUACAGCGAUCGAGUUGAUUUAAUUAAUCCGCUGGUAUUCUGCCUUCCGCUCAGUUUACUUUAAUGACCCUGUGUGGAAUCGACAGAGCUUCUUCCUUCCCCACACUGUACUUAUUCAGCACAAACAACUGGUUGAACACAAAAAACGGUGAGGGGAGAGGUUGCGCGUUUUUUUGUUCCCCGACGUGGCUGUCAACAAAGUCGUUGUUUUGGACGUUUGAAGAGAGACAUUCGAAGCCGCAAACAGAGGGAAGGGGGGGGUUUCGGCCGCCUUUUCUUGGAUUUAUUGCCAUGACUCGUUGUUUUUCCCCAUAGCGAAAAAACUCAUUCGGCUGCGUUGUUGUGAGCUUGACUCAGCGUUUUAAUUCUAGAAUUAGAUGCCAACCUCUAAAUGAAUCUAACUCAACGUUUGGGGACCUAAUUUAUUGCCAGUGCCUAUCAAAAUGUUGUCUUAAAACUUGCCGAUAUUAUGACUCUUUUUCACGCAAGAUUAAUCUUUUUCUUCCUCGGGAAAAAGCUGAAAAACACUUCGCUCCAGGCUUGAAUCGUGUAGCGAAAUGUUUCUUAGUAUUUCGCUUGCUUAACCGCGCCAAUAAUAAUAUACUCCACUUAUCUGCCACUUGUUUAUUACUCUUUUCACCGAAAAGCAGUUAUAACUCGCAAAACACUACUCUUUAUAAGCUAUCCUCUACAAAAAGCCACUCUUUAAAAGGCUACAACAACGUUAACCUUUGAAAGGAUAUAAGAACGUUAAAAUUGUAACAGUGAAGAACAUUACUUUAGACUGAACAUUAAUCUAAAAUAAUGUUCUCAAUUUUAUAUUCUCCAUUCUUACUGCCUUUUGUUUUCUUUUCAAACUAUAUUCUCAGUGAUAAAAACGUUCCGUUCUCGACCGAACGUUCCAAUCCAUCAUUCAAUCUCUAAUUACCUUACUUUUCAUAAUUCACACCGCCGAUUUUAGGAGGAAUCGGUGGUUUCUCAUGACAUAGACCAGUCGACCAACACCUUUAUGAGUCUGGACACCCCACUGCUGGCCCCGCUGAUGGUGGACGAAGACUUUCAGACCGAACUGCCGCUGAUGGAUUCGGCGGAACAAAGCGGCGUCGCCCUUUUCCUACAACAAUCUAAAACAGCGCUGAAGGAGGCUCGCUGCGUGCUGGAGGCCGAUAAAGAGGGCGGGAAGAUGAAGGUAGGUGCCUCAGGAAAAGCAAACCCUCUCCAUUACAGACUAUCGCCAAAAUCGCCGCCGAACAUCUGAAAAGCAUCCGAUCACUGAUGACAGCGACCGUCACCUUGGAUCCCGUAAGUAUUAUACCUUGUUGACGUUUAGAUCAAUAUUAAUAACACGUUUCGUGUGGAAUAAGAGAUAAGGAACUGAUAAGCGCCGUUAUACUAGCUCGAUCGAGAAGAACAUAACGUCUUGUUACCUAAAUCGACACAAGAGAUUAAUUCCUCCUAGAUCAAACUAGAAAACGAAUGUAAAACAUAGUUAAUAUUAUCUAACAUAUCAUAAUAGUAAUGAAAACAUAAGAAAUAUAUAUAAAUACAUCAGCAAAGAACGUGCAAACCUCGUAAAACCUUUUUCCGAAAUGAUUCUGUGACAAAAUUUUGUUUUUGAUGACAUAUUUUAUAGAUUAUCUAGAAAACAUGUCAUCCCAUAAAUGAGUCACUCAAAAACGAUAUUUUUCGGAAAAUAAUUUUAUUUUUGGAAUUACAUUAUUUUACAUGUAUUUCAACGAAUUUUGUAACAUAUUUAGGGAAAUAUGUUUAUUUUGUAUAGAAUUGUGUUUAUGGUAAGCGUUAAAACCUUCUACUAUAAUAGUAACGUUAAACUGUGUUUUGUUUCUUAUCUCUUGUUAGAUUACUCUUUCUGCUUGGUUGACUAGAAGCAGUCUUAUCGUUCACCAUUUGAAUAUAAAGCGUUUUCAGAGCGGCGCCGAAGCUUUAAACAAGCUUCACACGGAAUGGCUGGAGCUUGUGAAUAAGUUUGAGCUUCCUUCCAAUGAUUCCUUGAGUCCACACGAAGUUAUGGAGGUCAUGGACCUGUUCAGGACAAUAAAUCAACAUUAUCAGUUGUUUGGAGCGAUGUGUGAUGGUUCAGAUGCAAAACUACUCAAUGAGAGCACGUUGGAUGACCUCAGGGACACUUUGAGGACACGAAAGGUAAGUGUUUUAUAUUAUUUUAGAUAAAUUUAGGUAAUUUUCACGUCGGGCGUUUAUUUUUUUUUUGCUUUUUAACUUUGAAAAAGUUUUUUUCUGAUUGUGUUUAUGUUUUUACAGCUGGCUUCAAUGCGUUAAAUUAUUUUAUAGUUAGACUUUGAGCUAUUUUUAAGAUUUAUUUAAAAAAUAUUUUUAAUGAAUGUUUUAUUUCAGAAGCUAUUCCAACAACUCCGAACAAACUAUAUGCGAAUGAUGACACUUGUAUCUCGAGUACCCAACCUUGUACCAGAGCUGGAAAAGGUGAUCAACAACAUAAACGUGUUGAAUGGAUCAGUUUCGAACCUUGAGAACUUCUACCAAUUAUAUUGUGUGAAGGAGAAGAUCGAGGAGCUGGAUGGAGGUGUAACAGAGCUUGACAAAUGUCUCGAAGAACUCUCAAAGCGAUCUGUCCUUGAUUUGAACGAUUCCCUGGGCAAUCGUGUGAGGGAAAUCGACGAGGAAUUGAGUCAUUGCCAAGAUAGGAUGAGUUCUUUGGAACAUGUUUGUAACGGAAUCAUCUCCAGGCUCAGCUCGAGUCGAGUAGAGAACGACGAGGAGGAGUUGGAGUGCUGUCAAAAGUUCAUAAAAGACUUUAAUGACAUGAAGAGGACAAUCCAGCUGGUCAAGAACAGGUAAGGGAUUGGUUUGUUUGCUUUUGGGUGCUUAUUUGUAAGCUUAUUUAAGGUUUUGUUUAUACGCGAUGUUUUAUUUGUUUGAGCGUUUAAAGGAGAACAUUGGAGGGAGUAAUGUUACCGACGGCUGUUUUUGGUAGAUUAUACUGCUAAAGAAGGCUUUAGGUAUUAAAUUUCUGGAAUUUCUUUUGUUUUUUGGUGAAAUUUUGUGGAUUUCGUCAUUUUUAGUUGAAAUUUCUCGAGUUUCUUCUAUUUUCUUUUAAAAUAAAUGGCAUUUUCUCGUUUUAUUUCAAAGUUUCACGGACUUUUACACUUUUUAUAAAAUUUCCUGACAUUUUUCAUUUAAUUUUCUUGGUUUUGGUACUCGAAAUGUCAAUUUGAGAGUGAGAAUGUGAGAAUUUCUGUCAGGUUGACGUAAAUUUACAUUUUAAUUUAAACUUGUUUUCGGUUAGCUACGCAAAUUCGUUUAAUUGCGCGAUAGUUUAAUGGGGAUUACUAAUUAAAAUGUGUUGUAAAUUGCACGAAGACUAAUCGAAAAAAAUUAUUUAAAUAUUUGUGUUUAUUUUUAAAUUAAAUUUUGUAUUAUUCGAAUCUGGAAGACCAAUUUUGGCAUUAAAGGACAUUUCAUGCAGGCGUGGGUGUUCAUUAAUUAUGUGAGGAUAUUUACUAUUUUGGGGCAUUUUCUGAAUCUUUUUUAAUUUACGACACUAAUUUAAGGUAUUUACGAAAUCUUUUUAAGUUUGCAGAAAGAUUGCUUUGAGGUAAUUAGUAGUAUCACUUGUGUUAAGAUAGCUAAUAGUGUAAUGUAAAUGUUUACUGCAAGACAUCAAGGUAUUUACCACCCCAAUUAAUACGACCGACUUAUCCGGUAAUUGCAGAAUGGAUCGUUUGUGCAAGAUAAUUCCGGGAUGUGCAUCACGCUCCCAACAACACGAUGACAGCUACAGUGACUCGUCGAUCCCAGAAUCCGUGUCGAAACCGCGAAAACGCCGCAAUCUGACAGAAGAAACAAAAGAGCCGGAGACAAAAGAAUCGACCACCAAAAUGAGUUGGCUGAGUCCCAGCCGACUGGUUGCUCCAUUCAAGUCGAGUCACUCUGCUCGAGGCGUUCUGAUUUGCAUGGUGAUGUUGGCUAUCGGGACACUGCUGCUGGGACUGGUCACUGAUGAGGAAAUCUUCUCACGGCACAGCCACUGGUCGUUCCGUUUCGGGCCUCAGCUGAGCUACGUGGACGGACCUCCGCCAGUUUAA